AUGAAGCGCCGAAGCCGGAACGGAAAGCUUCCAGACGAAGAAAGAGGAGGAGUCUUUGGGAGAGCGCUCAAAACGCUCGGGCGCUGGAUCCGACCUGGGGUUCCCACCAAGGUGAACGAUAUACAUUUGGGACGAAGAAGCGCAAAGGGGCAGAAGAGCUCGGAGGAAGCCAAGGCCCCAUUAGAGUCUGCCGGCGUGGAGUUAGGACUCCCAAAAGACGUAUCAGCGCGCCUGGAAGAUGUACCGGAACCGCUGCCAGUAAGCAGCGGUAUGAGUAUCGUUAGAACCACCAAGACAGCCGGGCGGUGCUUCAGAAUCCAAAACGUGCCACCAGCAUGGAGCAAAGAUAUUUUACUCGGUCUCCUUCAGGGAGCUAAUGACUCUCUACAAAGCUUAGAUGAGAGUGGUCUCUCGUUCUUUCCUGCAUGUUCUGGCCCGACACAGACGGCAUUACUCUGUCCGGAGGAGACACCCGCAAUCCUUCAAUGGCCUGAAGACCAAGACUCGAUGAGACUACAAGUAUCCAAUGAUUCAGAAAGGAAAAAAAGUUUACCUCGAAAUUGA